AUGCAAGGAGACAACAGGAAGCAUCAGUAUGCAGUGCAGGAGAAGCCAGAAGUGUUUGGGCACCUUCUGAAGAGACCAAUGGAAACUUUUUUUGACAACCACCAUCCAGCCCUGAAGUCCCCCAUCUUGGUGUCUGGCCCUCGCUUGGCUGCGGAGGACACCUUCAGCCGCCACUUUGAGAGCAUAAUGGAGUCCCACCGAGCCAAAGGGACAUCAUACAACAGCUUGGACAGCGAAGAGAUAUUAACCUCGAGCACCCAAACUGUCCUGACGUUUGACCUCCCCACGUUAACUCCUGCCAUACAUGGGCCGGUCUGCCAGAGCGCCAGGCAGAUCGUCCAGCUCAGCUUUGCCCCGCUGGCUCAUGAUGAAAGGCCCAGUCUGUCAGAUUCUAUCUUUACAGUGACAGGGGACUCGGACGCCACCAGAGCCCCCUCCAGCGAGAGGCUGAGCAGCGGUUCUGACGAUACGCCACCCAGAGGACGAGAUUAUACACAUCUAGGGAGCAGCUGGUACAGCAACCCAUCUUUCUCAUUGCCAAGGUGUGCUAAAAGCUCACAGCAGAAACAAAGCAGGCUAGAAUGCACCCAGGAAAAGGGUAGACGGGUGGACUGGACAGUGAUGCGGUCAGGUUACGAGGCCAGGAGGAGAGGAGGGGUCAGUCGGGCGAGCAGUCUGAGGCGAGAUGCUGGGCAGGGGGUGGCAAUGAGGACACCCUCAGUCUUCUGCUGCCAUGGUUCACCUGCAGUGGGAGAGGAGAGAUAUUUGACAAUUAGGCGGUCUUGCCACAGCUGGCGUGACCAGAAUGGCCACACAGCUCUCAACGGCAACGACAACUUCAGGGACAAGGCCCGUCUGGCGACAGAUUCUGAGCUGGACCAGGACCUUAGUGAGAGGCUGGGUCUGAGCAGCAGUGAGACCUUCACCAAUGGCAGUCACCAUGCCGACGUGGCAGCCGCCAAACGUUUGGCCAAACGACUCUUCAACUUGGAUGGCUUCAGGAAGUCUGAUGUGGCACGCCACCUCAGCAAGAAUAACGACUUCAGCCGUAUGGUGGCAGAAGAAUAUCUGAGUUUCUUCAACUUUACAGGCCUUGCUGUUGAUCAAGCACUACGGACUUUCCUCAGGCAGUUUGCCCUCAUGGGGGAGACUCAGGAGAGAGAGCGGGUGCUGUCACACUUUUCUAGGCGUUACUUCGACUGCAACCCCAAAGUCGUGCCAUCUGAGGAUGCAGUUCACACUCUGACCUGUGCCGUAAUGCUGCUGAAUACAGAUUUGCAUGGUCAAAACAUUGGCAAGAGGAUGUCGUGCACACAGUUCGUCGGCAACCUGGAAGGACUGAACGACGGCCAAGAUUUUGCCAAAGAUCUGCUUAAAGCUCUCUACAACUCAAUCAAGAAUCAGAAGCUUCAAUGGACAAUCGACGAGGAAGAGCUGCGGAAGUCCUUUUCGGAGCUCGGGGACAGCCUGUGUGACUCCACCGCCUCCAGAUCGAUGAAGCGGGAGGGCAGCAGUGAGAAGCCCCUGUCGGAAGAGGCCGAGCCCUCCGGGAUGCUGCUGUAUAAGAACGGGUUCCUGGUCCGCAAAGUCCAUGCUGACUCGGACGGCAAGAGAACACCAAGAGGAAAGAGAGGAUGGAAGACCUUCUACGCCAUCCUGAAAGGAUUUAUUCUCUAUCUGCAAAAAGGAGAAUACAGGCCUGAUAAGCAGCUAUCUGAUGACGACCUGAAGAAUGCCGUGUCCAUCCACCACUCUCUGGCCAUGAAAGCUUCAGACUACAGCAAGAGACCCAACGUCUUCUACCUGCGAACCGCUGACUGGAGGGUGUAUCUCUUCCAGGCACCGAACGCAGAGCAGAUGCAGUCAUGGAUCACACGGAUCAACACUGUGGCUGCCAUGUUCUCCGCUCCUCCUUUCCCAGCAGCAAUCGGCUCACAGAAGAAGUUCAGUCGACCGCUGUUGCCGGGGACGAUGUCGAAACUGUCCGAGGAGGAGCAGGUCAGAUCCCACGAAUCUCGAUUCAGAACCCUCUCCACUGAACUGGCUGAGCUACGCUCUUACCCUCCUGACCGCAAGGUCAAAGGCCGCGAGCUGGAAGAGUACCGCCAGCGUGACGAGUAUCUGGAGUUUGAGAAAACGCGGUACGGGACUUAUGCCAUGCUGCUGCGGGCUAAAAUCCGGAGCGGUGAGGAGGACCUUUCUGUGUUCGAGUCCCAGCUGCUGGAAGACAACGGGCUACAGAGGGCUCACUCCAGCCCCACGCUGCAGGACAGCAGCCAGGCCAGCCAGAUCAGUCAGGCCAGCAGCACCAGAGACGGAGGAAACAGCAGCAAAGCCAGCGCCUGCAGCAGCAAACCUCGACAGGAAGGCCAGAGACACAGCUACCGACAGGCCGUCAAGAAGUGA